GACCAAUUUUCAUUCCCUGAUCUUUUGCCCAAGGCAAAAUCCUUUUUGGUAAUGGCUUUCCUAGCCAUGGCUCGUUUCUGAGUGUUGAGCAUAACAUACAUAUUCACUCUCUCUCUCUCUGUCAAGCUUAGAACGAUUCCCAGUUUGAAGCAAACCAUAUUGGUCCACUCCAGGCCUCAAUUUCCUCUAAUGGAGAUGAUUCAAGAACAACAACAACAACAACAACAAGAGGGUGUAAUGAAAUCUUCAAGAUUCAAGCGUAUCUGUGUUUUCUGUGGUAGCAGUGCUGGAAAGAACCCAAGUUAUCAGCUUGCUGCUGUUCAACUUGGAAAACAACUGGUUGAAAGGAACAUUGACUUGGUCUAUGGAGGAGGGAGCAUUGGUUUGAUGGGUCAGGUCUCCCAAGCUGUUUAUGAUGGUGGUCGCCACGUGUUGGGAGUAAUUCCCAGAACUCUCAUGCCAAGAGAGAUCACUGGAGAGCCUGUGGGAGAAGUAAGAGCUGUAUCUGGUAUGCACCAGCGCAAAGCGGAAAUGGCUCGCCAAGCUGAUGCCUUCGUUGCCUUGCCAGGUGGCUAUGGUACCUUAGAAGAACUCUUGGAAGUGAUCACUUGGGCUCAGUUGGGAAUUCAUGAGAAACCAGUGGGGUUGUUAAAUGUUGAUGGGUACUACAACUCACUUUUAACCUUCAUAGACAACGCUGUGGAUGAAGGUUUCAUUGACCCUGCAGCUAGGCACAUUAUUGUGUCUGCCCCAACCGCUCAGGAACUCAUGUGCAAACUAGAGGAAUAUACUCCUAAGCAUUCUGGGCUAAGUUGGGAGAAAGAGCAACAACUGGAAUACACUGCAAAGUCAGACAUUGCUCGUUGACAAAGAAAAGGAUCCAACGGUUCAUUAUCAAGUUGAAGUUGAAUUGUAUACAUAACACACGGCAAUGCCAAUGUCGUGGAGGAUUUAUAACCCUAGAUUACAACAGGUUUCUCUAAAAUACACUAAACCAGUCAACCCUUGUAGAUCAGAUGUGAGCUCCAUUAGACAAAGUAUUAGUGCCUACCUAUACAGUUGUUUUAAUUAGAUGUGAAAUCAUGCUUCAUUUUAA